AUGGAUUCAUUCAUGGAGCAACCCCAAACAAGCGGACACGCCACGCCAGCACCACACAUCCCCACAAGCCAGGACAACUCGUUGAGUAACUGGAAUUCACUGGAAGUGAAUGAUAGUCAAAUCGAUAGGAUAUUGACUUUUAUGGGGGAUUUGUUGGAUAGCCAAAUUAGGCAUCUCUCACGCUCGAAGCGAGAUCAGAUAAUGAUUUCGAUGCGCGAGAGGUUGCAAGUUGACCUCGAAGGGAACUUGGGCCAUAAGGGUAACUCGCACUCCACUCUUUGUGAAAAAUUCCAAAUGAGUGUUGAGGAAUUGCUUGAGUAUAUACCUAUGGCCAGUUCCCAUAGCCAGAUGGUAGUGAGGUUAGGGGCUAGGCUCGGAUGUGAUUUUGAUGACGUAGAGUCAGUGAUCGAAGGCAAAUUAAAGAUUGUCACAGAGUUAGAGAAUAGGCUAGAGGUCCUGCGCUCUGAAGUAAAGCAGGAAGCUUUAAGAAGCGCAAAGAGGGAAGAAGCCUUAUUGGCACGGAUAAAAAGGCGUCAGGAUCUAGGAGAUUCCUUGCCUGGACCCUCGCAGGCAGAGCCUAUGUUUAUGGAGACUCCGACGGGACCCGAUGUACGUCGUAGAGAUGAGAGUUGGCGUGCUGUGCGUGAACAGUACAGGUCACUCAAAAAGCUAAGCGUUGAGGAUAACCUCCGCGAUGCACCCCGAUGUCACGCAAAGGGCGCUGAAUGGCGUGAAUGUCGACAGCGAAUGUCGCGCUGUUCGUCAAGUACCUCUUUGAGAAGUUCUCCGUCAACGUCGACGAUCGGUGAGUCCGUAUCAGUCAUGAGCGGUAACAAUGGCAAUGACCACUCAGAGCGAGCUACUGCAGACAUAUUUAGUAUGUUCAGAGAGGUAUUUAAGGCACAGAGUGUUGCCAGCGUACCCAACUACACAGGGAAAAAUUCCCUCAGCGACUUCCUACGAGCUCUGGAAGUGAAAUUCCCGCCAACGGUGUGGCAGGAUGCCGAUCGUAGAGAUAUCUUGAUCAAUCAUUUGGAAGGCACAGCCAAGGCGGUUUAUAGAACUUUACCGCGAAGUGUGCGGGAAGGUAGCUUCAAGGAUUUAGUGGGAGCACUUGAGCUGGCACGCAAGAAUCCCUGCGAUCGCUUGAAGAAUAUCAGAGAAUGGGACACGCUUUCGAAAAGAAGUGAUGAGAGUGUGGUAGAGUUCUGCUGCCGUAUGGAAGACCUCUCUAGGAGAAGACAUCCUAGCUGCGAAUGGGACUUCAUACGCGGGUCCAAGCUGUAUUCAUGCUUGGAAAGCUGGCAGGAUUCGUACCAUAUGCUUGCUGCGUUAGACGCACCGGAAGGAAAGAAGAUGUGGCAACGCACACGAACGACUUUCAUGAUCGUACCAGCAAGUUGA